AUGAAACCUCAGGGGGAUAUAACUAGGAGAAGAUGUUUUAAGUGCCAAGGUUUUGGGCAUGUGCAAGAUGAUUGUCCGAACCGAAAGGCUGUUAUGUUGGUUGAUGAAGAAGAUAAUUCCAAUCAUGAAGACAACCCACUAAUUGAGGAAGUUAAUGAGGAAGAUGAGGAUGUAUAUGUAGAACCUGAUGAAGGUGAUAUGCUUGUUUUUCAGAGUAUCUUAAAUAUUGAACAUGAAGAUGAAGAAUCAUUGCAACGAGAGGACCUGUUCCACACGAGGUGUACAUCACAUGGAAAGGUAUGCCCAGUGAUUAUUGAUGGUGGAAGUUGCACUAAUGUUGUUUCAAAAGAUAUAGUGACUAAAUUUAGUUUGGAGACUGAGAUCUAUAAAGACCAUAUUUGGUGUGAUGUGGUAAAGAUGGAUGCUUGCCAUUUAUUACUUGGAAGACCAUGGCAAUAUGAUAAGCGUGCUUUUCAUGAUAGAUACUGUAACACCUAUUCAUUCAUAAUUGAUGGACGUAAGAUUGUUUUGACGCCAUUGCACCCAAAAGAACUUUCAAAGAGGGCAAAGACCUUGUCUGAUAUGCUAAUGAACAGAUCACAAAUUAUUGGCCACAUCAAUAAAGGAGAGCCAUUGUACAUAGAAAUAUCCAUGGAAGACUCACAAGAUGAGGAGCAUGAGUUAGAUACACGAGCCAAGAAGUUACUUGCUAAGUUUGAUGAUAUGAUCUCUGAAGAUGUUUCGUUAGAACUUCCACCCAUGCACGAUAUUCAAUAUCAAAUUGACUUUAUACCCGGAGCAUCGUUUCCAAACAAAGAAACUUAUAUGAUGAAUCCUACACAACAAGAUAAACUCCAAAGGCAAGUCGAAGAGCUAUUGGAGAGGGGUUUAAUACUGGAGAGCCUUAGUCCCUAUGUCAUACCUGCUUUGCUUGUUCCUAAGAAAAAUGGUACUUGGAGGAUGCGUGUUGAAAGUCGAGCAAUCAACACGAUUACUAUCAAAUAUCUCUUCCCAAUCCCAAGCACUUUGGUUGCCCCUAUAACUGAGUGUUUGAAAGGAGACAUGUUCAAGUGGAAUGAAGAAGCUCAAAAGAGUUUUGAAUUGAUAAAGAAGAAGAUGACACAAGCUCCUAUCCUUCAGUUGCCUAACUUUGAUAUUUUAUUUGAAGUAGAAUGUGAUGCUUCGGGUGUUGUUGUUGAAGGAGUUCUUAGUAAGGAAGAUAAACCCGUGGCUUAUUUUAGCGAGAAGCUAUGUGGAUCUAAAUUGAAGUACUCCACCUAUGAAAAAGAGUUCUAUGCUAUUGUUCGCGUGUUGCAACAUUGGCGUCAUUAUUUAUUACCAAGAGAUUUUGUGCAAUAUUCUAAUCAUGAGGCACUAACGUAUCUUAGUUACCAACAAAAGCUCAACGCAAGGCAUGCAAAACGGGUAGAGUUCCUUCAUAAUUUUCAGUUCGUAAUCAAGCACAAGGCUAGAAACCUCAAUCAAGUGGCUGAUGCUCUUAGUAGAAGACCAUGUUUAUUUUAUAUGAUGCGAACUAAUGUAUAUGGAUUCGACCAUAUCAAGGAGCUUUAUGAAGAUGAUCUAGACUUUGGAUAUGUUUGGAAGAGAUGCUUGGACGGUCCAUAA